AUGGGCUCCUGGAAUGUGACCCUGCAGACAGCCCGGGUACCUACCUAUUCAACCGCCAUUCAAGCCUCGUCUAAAAAAGGUCAGGCACCUGCUCAACUCUCCUCCCACCACGCCCGCCCGUUUUGUUUUACGUAUUCGCUCUCAGCCUCUACCAUUCUCGACGGCUCGUUCCACAUCGUCGCUCCACAGCGGCUCUGUUUCGCUGACAGCUUCCAAGUACCUUGCCUUCUACCCAUAAGUAGUGCUCAAACUGAUACCACUCCUCAACCACGAGAGGCCGUCAUCACCAACAAGGCCUCACUCGCCCAGUCUCUACCAAGCAGAGGGCGGGCCCCUCCGACAUGCUGGGCGCUCGUACCCUGCAAAGCACGCAACGUCGCAAUCCGCAACAGCACGAAUAGAAUCCGGGGCACUACCAGGUAG